AGGCCUAUCCGGCUAUUGCAUUUUUCACGUCCUUCAGGGCAGGUUUAUAGGACACUUGUCCAGCGGUGAACCCUAUUCUGACCUGUCCCGACUCAAAUACACGCCCCCUCAAAUGCCUCACAAAACAGCUUCUCGUCAUCAUGCUUCCCAAAGACCUUAAGCAUCAGAUCCGGAAGAUACGAGGUACCGAAAUUACACAUGCCGACAUUCAGGCUCUUCUUCCUUCUGAAAGCCAGAGAAAGAUCACUGGUACAAGUAUCAAUGCAUACGGCGCAUGUACGGAAGACAUGCAUGAAGACAGAGAUUUCUGUAUAUUUAAUUCGUGGAUCGCGCCAAUCGCAUCUGGCCAAGUAAAAUCAGGGAUUGCCUAUGGCACAAUUCAUGGUCACAUACAUGCAUCUGCUUAUACAGACACGUCUUUAGACGAGCUCCUUGCACGUCCACGUUGGGCAUUCCCAUUAUGUGGUGGCAAGCCCCAACACUGGGUCCUUGGCAUCAUUGACUUCACCCGGAAUGAGAUUGCUGUGUUUGAUAGUAUUCCGGAGCUGAACUCGAUGAACGAAUGGGCCGAAAACAUGCUCGUCAAAGCUGUAAAUGCAGUGAUGGCAUGCCUUGGAAAACCUGUCUUAGAAUGGUCACCUGUAUAUUGGAAGCGCAAGGUAUACUCACCUCUUGAAUAUCACGGACAAAUAGAUGGAUGGUCGUGCGGGCUAUUUGUUAUGAUGGCAAUAGAUGUCUUUGUCGACAAUGGAAGCUAUGACUCUGUGACAGACGACAAGAAAGACGCCAUGAAAAAUAAAGCUCUCGAGACAUUGAUGACGCUACCCGUGAUUCGUGUAUCGAAGAAGGCAACCUGUGACAGCGAAGAUGAUGAACCUGUUGAGAUAGUCAAUCAGACAAAGGCGUCAACAGCACUGUUCCCCACCACCUCGAAUGAAUUGAUACCAGCUGAAGUGCAAAAGGUGUCCCAUGCUAGUUUCCCAGACUCAAAAAUACUUGGCAAGCGAAGUGUUAAUGGCAGCAAGGAGACUGAUGAUGCCAGUGAUGGGAGCAACACUGACGAUGAGAAACGAUUGAAGAAACGUUCCAAGGCCACAUCUGGAGCACGAGGAGCAAAGAUAUUGUUGAGCCAAUGA